UCCGGCCAGCACGGGGGUUUUGUGUAUGUGAGCUGCAGCCGGAUGCUAUGGUGCAUCUUUUCUUUAAUCGCACACAUCCUCGAUGACGUGGACACACUUGUGUUAAAAACCAUGGCAGCGUCCGGAAGCCAAGCUGAUGUCCAAAUUCAUCUAAAAGAAGAUGGAGACGUGGAAGAGCUUCGAGCCUCCAGAUCAGACAGUGGCAGUGGUGAGGAUUCUCUUGAUGAACUUUUGAGACGCUCGUGCCCUUUGACCCCGUCGCUGUCUCCACGAAAGAGAACCAUGAGUCAGAGUAAAACAGAGCCACCUCUACUGAGGACCAAUAAACGGACGAUCUACACGGCAGGACGCCCGCCGUGGUACAACGUCACAGGGACCACCUUUAAAGAGGCUUUUGUUAUAGGCUUGUGUGGUGGCAGCGCUUCAGGGAAAACUACAGUGGCCAAUAAGAUCAUCGAGGCCCUGGAUGUCCCUUGGGUCGUCCUGCUGUCCAUGGACUCCUUCUACAAGGUGUUGAGCAAAGAGGAACAGGAGCUCGCAGCCAGGAAUGAAUACAACUUUGAUCAUCCGGAUGCUUUCGACUUUGAGUUGCUCGUAUUAGUCCUGAGAAAAUUGAAGAAGGGCAAAAGCAUCAAAGUGCCUGUCUAUGACUUCACCACACACUCCCGUCGCAAAGAGUGGAAAACUGUUUACGGGGCCAAUGUUGUAAUAUUUGAGGGAAUCUUGGCUUUUGCAAAUAAGGAUCUUUUGAAGUUGUUAGACAUGAAAGUGUUUGUGGACACCGACUCUGACAUUCGGCUGGUCAGACGACUAAAGCGGGACAUUACAGAGCGCGGCCGUGACAUCACAGGUGUCAUCAAGCUGUACAACAAGUUUGUGAAACCCGCGUUCGAGCAGUACAUCGAACCCACAGUCCAGGUGGCAGAUAUUGUGGUUCCGAGAGGUGGAGAAAACUUCGUAGCUCUGGAGCUGAUCGUGCAGCAUGUCCACAGCCAGCUGGAGAAGCGUGAAAUCACAGUGAGAUCUGCCUUGGCUUCAGCACAUCAGGGUCAGCCGUUACCCAGCACCUUGAGCGUGAUGGAAAGCACACCACAGGUUCGGGGAAUGCACACCAUCAUCAGGAAUAAGGAGACGAACCGAGACGAGUUUAUUUUCUACUCAAAGAGGUUGAUGAGGCUCCUGAUUGAGCACGCUCUCUCCUUCUUACCGCUGAAGUCAGUGUCUGUUGAAACACCACAAGGGACCAUAUAUGAGGGGAAACGCCUCGGCGGGAAAAGGAUCACUGGAGUGUCCAUUCUCCGUGCAGGCGAGACUAUGGAGCAGGCCCUGAUGGCAGUGUGUAAAGACAUUCGACUAGGAAAAAUCCUCAUCCAGACGAACCAUGACACCGGGGAGCCCGAGCUCCACUACCUGCGCUUGCCGAAGGACAUCAGUGAGGACUACGUGAUUCUGAUGGACAGCACCGUGUCCACAGGGGCAGCUGCUCUCAUGGCCAUUCGAGUUUUACUCGACCAUGAUGUUGAGGAAGAUAAAAUCUUUCUUCUGUCUCUGCUGAUGGCUGAGAUGGGCGUUCACUCCGUCGCUUAUGCCUUUCCCAAAGUACGCAUCAUCACCACAGCCGUGGACAAGAAGGUCAAUGACAAGUUCCACAUCAUCCCAGGCAUCGGAAACUUCGGGGACCGUUAUUUUGGAACAGACGCUCCAUCAGACUGUUAUGAAAGUGAAGAAAGGAUGGAAAUCUGAGUCUUAGGGGUUUUUUUUUUUGUUUGUUUGUUUUGUUCAUUUUCUUUUUGAAAGGUGAGAAAGAGAGGAUUUAGUGGAAAAAACAGUGCGCCCUCUCUCUCAAGACCCAAGAUGUGCUGUAAAUGCAGCGAGUGCCAUUCGAAGGUCAACGUGCAUUUUGACUCCAGAAUUCCGAGUUGUUGGUUUUUUUUCCCCAGGUGUCUGAGCUUAAAUCAAAAUUCCUUGACAGAUGAAACAGCUGGGUCUAUUUUAGAGGGUCAUUAGGAGGUCUAAUGAACUUGCCUUCAUUUUUUUUCUUGAAUAAUUUCACAUGCUCAAUAUAUUAAGAGUUUGAACAAGUUUUUGAGCACAGUCCUCGUCGAUUUCAACACAUUUGCAGGGUCUGACUUAAUUGCUUUUUUAGGGAAUAUAUAUAUAUA